UUCACCCCUUCAUCUAGAUAUGAAGAAACAACUCUGCUGCCGUUAAUCUCUUCUACUACCUAAUAACUAUUUCGACGGUGAUAAUGAAUACCCUGCCAUCUAUUUUUUAUUUUUUUGCCCACAUACAGCUUCUCUUCUUCUUUACUCUCUUUUUCUUCUUCUACGAUAACUCCACAGCCACAACCCACAAUCCUUAUGCUUGAGCACCACUACCAUCACUGAUUCAACCGCCACUAGGAUUACCUUCUUCUUCUUCUUCUUCUUCUUCUUCUUCUUCUUCUUCUUAGAUUCCGAUCUCUUGUUGAAUUUUUUUUAGUAGAAGCCGUGGAUCCAGUAUUUCUGUUUGUUAUCUAGGGUUUCAUUUAUAAAGAUGAGCAAGAGAUCGCUUUGAUUGAUCUACAUGAGGAUUCAAAUUGAAAAACACAUUUAAUUAGCAAACCAUUUCCCAAUUUAAAGUCGUUCUUAAUCAGAUGCAGGAAAUCCCAUAGGUAUUUAAAUUUGUGAACCUUCUCCCUUUGCCUCAGCAAAUUGUAGAGUUUUUGAUGAGAUUUUUGCGGAAGUAUAUCUACUCACCGUUGCUGAAAGCUUUGAGUUUAAGGACAGAGUUAAGAACAUUGGUGCCAGCCUUGUACAGCAAGUAGCGAAUGCCACCAACAAUGUAGCUGGUGAUGGAAACUACACUAUUGCAACUCAGAAGCUGAAAUGGAUGACAACAUCAGAAAAACCAGUUUACAAAUAUUGAAGGAAGCUACACUGCUUCAUUCCUGUCAUUGUUAACAAUCUCUGUGUCAAUGCCCUUACUCUGCAGAGGAAGAUGCUGACAUCGACUUCUAACAAACUCCCCUUAACAAACUACAGUCUGAAUUCAAUCACUACAUCUUACUUCCUUUGGUUGACAAGUAAAACUUGCAUCGAUUGUGUAGAAGACCUUAAGAAUCAGUUGCUUGAAUUUGUGAACAAUUUGAAGCCUUAUCCAUUGUUCUUAUGCCGGGUUUGUUUGAGUAAGACAAUGUUAGGAAUCAUAGGGAACGGAAGCCUUGCAAAUAGUCAUAUACGGCAGGUACCCAAGCUUAAUCCCCUUAACAAGUUACCAGGAUUGCUGAACAAGGACCUAGCAAUGAUAGAACGUCGAACUGCUUUAGAGUUAUACAGAAGUGCACAAGCAGAUAUUGAAUUAGCUAAGAAGCAAAUGGAUUCAGUUAAAGAAGACACCGAAAAGAUGGGAGGCGCAAAAGUUGUUCAAUGGACUUUGCUGGUGAAGCCCUAUGAUAAUUUGGUUUGGUUCAACCUGUGGGUGGCGAAGAUUGUCGCACACUGUAUGCGUAAUUAUCUGCUAUUUGAGCACUUGUUGCAAGUUCAUAUUGUUCCAACAGAGAAAGUCCAUCCUAAACUGUAAGCAAUUCUUUUGAUUUAUAUAAGUAUUGUAUGCAACAGACAUAGUUGCACCAACACAAUGUAAGAAACAACAACAUAUAUAAGAACAUAUUUACAUAUUCUUCUA